AUGUUGCUGGGAUUGGAACCAAAUGGACGUGUGGGUUCUCUGAUGCCGGAUCAUCCAGUUCUUGACGAGACAGAGAAAUGGGUGGCUUCUGUGGAGGACAGGGAGAAGGAAACGAUCCGAGUGACUCUGACUCUGCCGGUGAUAAAUUCAAGUUCCAACAUAGCAAUGGUGGUGGCUGGCUCUGCUAGUUCUGAUGCAGUUUAUUCUGCUUUCAAGCACGAUAAUCAACAAGAUUCUCGCAAGCUUCCUGCUAAACUGAUCUCACCUGAGGAAGGUGAACUGGUGUGGUACAUGGAUAAAGCUGCCGCUUCUAAGCUCUUCAAGGAAGAAGUCCAUAUCGACAAACGCUCUCAAUUAGUUAGUUAA